AUGGCACAUAAUGCCACAUAUAUUGGCGCAAAAUUGCCCCCGCUUCCGCUUGUUGCGCCCCUGUGCGGCUGCCACAAUCCCGAGAAGGCGCUCGUUGUGUACCAAAACGCGAAGGGCACCGGGGAGGUUGCGGUACAGGAGCUUCUUGCGCGGGCUCGUAUAGUUGUUCCUGCGCUAAUGAACUACCUGUUCUUUAGCUCCACGCAUGUGGCAGUGCUUUACUUGGGCAAGAGCAUUGUGAACGGCAAGCGCAUGGGCGUCCGCGAGGGUGCGGUCGAUAUGAAGAUACGAAUGCUCCGCUACUUGACAACGGAGAUGUGGCCGCCGCUGCUGCGCACUGACGCACCGGAAGAGUCCUGUGUUGGGGACUUAAUGUGUUCUGGGUGCUACAGCGAGCUCCCCUUUGAGGAGCUGCUGGCUUCGGACGGCAAUGAAGACGACAACACUUCUCGCCAGCGUGCAUCACUCAACUUGCUGAAGCAGGUAUCACUACGGAGCGAAAUGGAGGUGCUGGUGUACCUCAAGAACGGCGCAGAUGACACAAAAUACCUCAAGUUGAUUCUUCGUAACACCAUGCACCGUCUGCACUUCGAUGUUAUUGACCCGAAAGAUGAAAAGCACCGCUGGGAGGCGCGAAAGCUCUUUACGCGCAUCCUCGACAACUUGGAGACACGUAAGGCGAUACCAAGUUACGAGGCAUACGAGCGAGCGUUUCGUGAAGCGUGUUCAAUGGCGGCACGGCUGCCAGUCCAUCAGACGUUGUUGGAACAACGUGUUGAGGUGACUGUACGUUCAAGUGAUGAUUCAAACGAUAAUGACGGCGACGAGGUGCGGUUUUACCCAUGGAUGGCAAGCCUAACAAAACCUGAAGGUUCUAUGCUGGAUUACAAGAGCUACAUAUUCGAUACAGUUGAUCAGAUCAAACUCAAUUGUGUGCGCUUUAUGUGUGGCUUCCUUAAUGCCUAUAGUAAGGGAAGACUUCUUAUUGGCGUCCACGAGGUUCCAAAGCGUAACCCAGAUGGCUCAAUACCUCCUGUGGGUGAUGGCAAGAACAAUAUUGUUCGCCACGAUGAUUUGGUAGACCAGUAUGUUGUUGGUGUGCGCAUCACCGACGGGGAUUUGCUCGAGAUUCAAGAGGAUCUCUCGAAGCAACUCCUGGCGUGUGUGCCACCGGUUCCACCACAGACAGUUCGUGCAGAGUUGCUGCCUGUGCGGCUGCCAGAUGAUUUCACUAUGUCGGGACGGGUGCUGGUUCUUUGUGAUGGAGAGCCUGGUGGUUUUUGCACUGGAAUGAAGCAAAAAAUAUUCUCUGCUAUGCACCAAUUGGUCCCACAGGGCCUCUCUUUGGUUCCUGUGGAGAGCAAGACGCUGCGGCAGAGACUCCAAGGGGAGAGCUAUCCCUUUGAUGAACCAAGGAUCGAGUUCUACUGUGUGGCUGCAGUGCGAGAUCCUGCAGCACUGGAACAGCAGAAUUGGGAAGGUCCACUGCUAAAUGCACUCGAAGGACAGAAGGUUUACUGCCAUUACUUUUUUGUGGAUGACCCAGGCGAUGUUAUCAUCCCACCACUUAGCGUCAUUGAUAUUUCAGUGGAUCUGAAGCGAAGCUCAUAUAUUCCCCUGCGAAUGUACCCUGAAAAGUUUUUUAGUGGGUGGCCCUCAAUACCUAUUUGGGACACAACCACAAAUAGUAUACGACGAGUAGAACGAAAUUACAACAUAUUUCGUUACUUCUUGACAACAGGAGGUAGCUACGCUCCUGUGACCCAACAGAGUGAUUUCAGCAUGUCGACACUACCUGUACCGUGGCAGAUGAAUGAACGCUGUGUUGCACCCGUUAAACGUGUGCUGCGUCAGAUUCGUCCGUCUUGGUUCAAUGUUCCCCAAAUCUCAAGUCUUGUUCUCAGCUAUUUGGGAGACAUAUUGGACUGCUUGCGGUUCCGUCUUCUAAAUUCUGUGUGCGACAUGGUUUUCGAGCUUCGGCAAGGGACGUAUCUACUGCAGCUGCUUCUUGCGACACCGUUGGGGAAUGUUGAUUUCAGCUGUUCUUGGGAUCUUCUCUCCCGCGUGCAGAAUGAGAUGCUGGCGGCGGAGAUCCCACCGAUGCCGUUGCUCUUAUGCCGCACGUUUGAGAGCAUUGGAAUACUUCCAUCGCCCUUUCCUUAUGUUGCAGUUCCUCUAAUUCAGCAGAGCUUCCGCGUUUCUCCAUACCUCGUGCCUUUGUUUUAUUUACAACGCUAUUUCGACGGCCAAAUGAAACCACUGAUCGUGCUUGAUCUUCGCGACGGUGUUGUGAAAAGCAUACACCUUCGUAACGGUGAAUUUACCCUGGAAGCUGUGGUUGGGGUAGGAUUUGGGAGGAUCUCAAAACGCCGCAUCAGUCAGUUCGGUUCCAGAAACCGAUCGAGCACAGAAGAUUCUCUCUCUGAGGAUGGGGGUGUGUCGCCAAGCGCCGCGAUGCAUGGGUUCCUAACGCCGCCGACGCACCGCCCUGCUGAAGUGUAUGGCGACAGCGAGCGAAGCCAUCUUCCUUUCCUUGCACUACCCUCAUCCGAACGCAAGAAGGUACCCAGGGUGCCGCGAGAGGUCGAGGAACACCUCCCACUCAUUGAGUUUAGGUUUCUCACUGAGGAAGUGGUUGCAGAGUUUGAUAUUUAUCCUCGUAAUGGACGUAGCGAUACGCAUGAGACGUCGCUGCAGGAAAUGAGAGAUUCAAACCAAUUGACCCCAUGGACCCUAUCUCAUCUGCUCUCUUGGUUUAAUGUGUUGUCGUCUGAUGAGCAUGUUCUUCCCUUUGGCUACUGUAAGCGAUCUGUAUCGUACUGUGUUGCUUCUCUUCAAGAUGUAUGUUUGGAGCAUGUGGAACAUAUUGAAGAAAACAACCUUCAUCUGGCCCAUAUCCGUUUUGCUGACUCACCGCAGAGCUGUCUUUUGCACAAGAAGACGAAGGAAUGGAUGUCCAUGUGA